UGUAGAUUCAAGUCACAUAAUAAAGACAGUUGACUCGAAGUAAAGGUGUGUGUAUGUGUGUGUGUGUAUAUGUGGGAUUACAGAGAAGAACAACUGCGACGGUAUCUCUAGAGGCACUGAGAGCUGUGUGAGCUGCUGUACAGACACUACCUGAAUUAGUGCUGCUGCUAAAAUGACCUCCACAGCUCUCUGCAGAGGUCUGGAUUAUAAAGGCUGAGCAGUGUAUCCUGAGUCUGUCAAGAGGGGCAGUGACAGCCCGGGUGCUGAUACUGGACUGAUCAUCUCACUGGUACUCAGAACCCAAUAACAACUCUAAAUGGCUGUCUAGCAGAAUUCCAGCAGUGGACGAUUGCCAGUUGGCUGAGACUGAAUCCUAAUAAAACAGAAGUCUUUAUGAUAGAACCUCAACAUCAAAGGAUGAGGCCAACCAACUGGAUUUACACUUGGGGUUUAAGAAUUCCAAAACACUGAUCAGGAAUAUAGCCAGAAUCAAGCAAUGAAUUCUCUCUGAAGGUCUACCAAAAGUCACACAUGCUUUGUAUCAUCUCGAUUAGACUACUACAAUAACCUCUGCCUUGGUCUCCCAGAAAAAAUGUUGCUAUGAAGAGAGAAGUCAGAAAUGACUGAUGUGGAACCUGGGGUCACAGAUUUUGCAGCAUCAGGAAGAUCAGGUCGCCGCAAUGCCUUACCAGAUAUCUUGGGUUCUCCUGCAGGAGCAGAUUCCUCUGAUCUGCCACAGAAAUUAGCAGAACUUUCUGUAUCUCAAGAUGAAGGUGCAGAAGGAGGAGGGGCAACUUCUGGAGAAGCCCCUGCCGAAACUCCAGAAGAAAAAUCAGAUACUUGAGAGUCAUCCUGAGGCAGAAACAUACUCGCAAAAAGCUGCAGCAAUGGCUUGCUCUGAUGGACAAUGAGCCAGAGUUAUUACUGCUGGGCUAUGUGGGGGACUAUGCAACAGAUUCGUAUAGAAAUACUGUAUCUCUUAGUACUUAGCUCUGUCACCAGAAAAUAUAUUUUCUACUCUAGAUGGACACACACUAGGUUUAUAAAACAUUUAGGAAAGAGCUAUUUGACAAAGAAUGUGAAGUGCGUUAUAAUACACAUCAUUGGUUUGCAACCAAUUUGUAGCCCGCAGCACAAUAACAACUGAACUGUAUAGACUAUCCAUUAGUGUUUUGCAUUGUUUUUCAUAUAUAUGAAAACAGAAUAGUAAAUGUUUAGUAUUCAGGACACUUGAAGUUAUUUUAUUAGAUAUGUCACCAUGUCUCACACAUUUCAGUUUGUCUAGAAACUAAUUCACUUCAGGUUUUAGGUCACCUUAAGAUAUUGUUCCAGAAUAAUUGUUCCGUAAAGGAAAAAUACAUAAAGGCAACCAACUUCCCAGUGCCUUAAUGUCAUAAAUUUUCUAUAUGACAAUCCCAUAACCAGAAAACUGAGUCGGUGUCACAUGCACCAGAUAAAAAAUUGGCAGAAAUAGUAGCCAGCAGCUACAGAUGCAUCUCCGUGUGUCAUUUCAUCAGCCGAUGUAGCGAUGUUUGUGAUUUAAUUUGUUUGAUAUGAAAAUAAAAAUGAUAUUGGCAUUGCA